AUGGAUAGGGGUAAAAAAACAAAACUUCAACAUUCAAAUGAUUUCUUUGCACUUGGGAAAAAUGACAGAAAACGUGAUGCGACGUCAUCUUCUUCAUCUGCUCAAAUGCCUCAGGGUGCAAAAAAGACGAGAAUAGCGCCAAGUACAUUUGGUGCUGGACCAUCAACAAGCAGUCCUAGUGAAAGUUCACAAUGGGAAGAGGCCAUUAACACUGAGUGUGAAAACAGCGUGGAUCUGAUAAAAGAUGUCCUUCAAGCGACAGAACAACAAGACAGUGAUAAGAUUGUGUCUUUGGUUUGCAGUGCUAUCAAAAGUUUAUCGUCAUCAAAAGCGAAAAAUGAUCCGAUUCUGGUCAUGUCGUUGUUGUACCUUGGAAAAAUCCGUCCUCAUAUAUUUGGGAAUGAACUCAUCACUGCUGCUUUAUUGUCAAUCCUGAAAACUGACGGACAACAUUCAGUUCGACACACCAUGAAAAAUAAUUCGACAAUUUUUGUAAUGGCUGCAAAUCUCCUGGCUCGUGGUCAUUUUGAUAAGAAAAAAUGGCCUGAAAGUUUUAUUAAAGUUUAUAUCGACGAUGCAAUUAAUGAGAGACUGUGGGUAGAUUCAGAGGAAUGUUUAUUUUUUGUCGACAAUAUUGUUGCUGCUUUUGGUACAAAAAUUCCACCUCAAAAGCCAGACGCUCAACAGAAAGAAUUGGUUGGUGUUGAAGAUGAAUCAUCAGACAGUUUCAUUUCGGAGUCAUCACGAAACACAGAAGAACUUCAAUUAAAUUCACGUUUCUAUCAUAUUCAAGAGACUGUUGAGAAAAUUGUUUCUGACACUAUCAAAGAUCAAUUCAACAGAAGACAAUCGUCGGACUUUCUCACAAAAAAUCUUCUAAAAUUUACAUCAACUGCUUGUGGGAUUCCAGAAGUUCGUUCUUUGGCAGUAACUAGAUUGGAACUAUGGAUUCAUAAUGCGAAGCUUGUGAAACCAGCACAAGAACUUCUCGAGUAUCUUUGUUACAACAUCAGCGCACUUCAAACAAAAGAUCAUGAAGUUUUAUCUCAACUUUUAAAGAUGAGAUUGAAGACUAAACCGCUCAUCAACAUCUACAUGAACUGCUUAAAAGAUCUCAUAAACUUACAGCCAAAAAUUCUUCAUCUAAUGAUGAAAUCAGUCGUGCAACAAGAGCUGUUAAUUCUUUACAACGCUCGCAAUCCAAAUAACAUGGGAAUUCUCGCAACAAUUUUUCAAGCUAAACCAGAAGCAGCAGCAACAAAUCUUGCAGAAAUUUAUCAAGAAUUUCUUUUACUUCGUGAUGAUUGCUUAAAGACGUUGCGAGUUUUUCUUCGUGAAUUGGUGAAAACACUUCGAUUUGACAUCAAUUUGAUUGUGUUUUGCAAAGCUCUCAUGAGUAAUCGUCCCGAGUUCAUUCAACAAGUUGAAGCCAGUGAAUUUCGUGAACGUUGUUGCUUUGCGAUUGCUGAUUUAGUUUGCCUUUGUCGCUUCUUAUCAGUUUCGCCUCAAAUUCGCGAUGCUCACAAUGCAAUCACAAAGACAAGUCACGAUCAGAAAAGUUCCCUUGUUUAUAACUUUUACAAUCAAAUGUCACAAAUUCAAUACGAAUCAUUAAAUUGGAUGUUGGAAGAAGUUCCAAGAACUUAUAAGUUGAACUCAACUGAUUAUUCAGCAACAGUGAAUAAAAUUUUAAUUCUUGAUCCACCAGAAAGCUACACGAAAGGCGAUCAAUGGCCACCGGAACCUGAAAGGAUGCUUUUGAUGAAUCUCAUCUCAGAAGUUCCACUUCUACAAGAUUCCAUCUUAACAAUUAUCUUCAUUGGAGUUAAUAAGGACAUCAGCUUCUCAAUUCAUGACACUGUUGAGAUCAUCGAUCAAAUGGUACGACGUGCGUGCUUGUUGAAGUACACAGAUUAUCCACCUCUGGAAAUAACAAAACUUGACAUCAUCGACUUUCUAUUCUCAAUGGCUGAAUAUCAUCAUCCAGAGAAUAUUCAAUUGCCUAGUGGAUACGAACCACCGAAGCUUGCCAUCUCAUUAAUCUAUUGGAAAGUUUGGAUUAUCCUUCUCAUUUUAUCAGCACACAACACAGGUACGAUCGGAGCUUUCUGUUGGGCUAAUUAUCCAAUGUUGAAGAUGUUGAUGGAAAUGUGCAUCACAAAUCAAUUUACAAUGACGAAACCACCGGAAGAUGAACUUCAAUUAUCAGUCAUUGAAAAGACUCAAAUUAUUCAAUUUGAAGGAUAUUUGGCAGCAGCAACAUCAAAAGUUGUCAUUAAUGAGCAAAAUUCUUUGUUGAUCUCUCAAGUGAUGUUGAUGAAUCCAAUGGGAACGCCAAGAAGACCACCAAAAACUGUCCUUGAACAACUUCAUUCAUUAAACGGUUCACAUCGAUUAGGACAUUUGUUGUGUCGUAGUCGCAAACCUGAUUUACUUUUGGAUAUCAUUCAACGUCAAGGAACUUCGCAGUCAAUGCCAUGGCUGAGUGAUUUAGUGCAAAGCAGUGAUGGCGACUUCAAUCACCUCCCAGUUCAAUGUUUGUGCGAGUUUUUGUUGUCAAAUUCCAACAGCAUUUCAUCAGAGAACACUCGUGACAUUGAGUUGAUUACAUUUCUUCAGAAAAUGCUUCAAAGCAACGACGACAAUGAUUUCCAAACAUCUUACGAAGUUCUUGAAUAUUUCCUAAGAAGACUUUCAUCGACAUCAAGAUACGGACGACUAUCAGCGAUUCAAGCUUUUAAACUUUUAUUAAAAAGCAUGGAAAGUGAUGAGUCAAAGGAAAUGAUUGUUGAUGAUGUUGAAGCAGAUGCGGAGUCAGAUUGGCUUUUAAAAUAUUUGCCGAUGAUUCCAUCAUUUCCCUUUAUUUGUGAUCGAAUUAUAGCACAAUUAAGGACAGCUUGUCAAGUUGAAAACUCUCCUGACUUGAUCAUGAUUUACAUUCAAUUUAUUGCAACAAAUACAACGAAUGAUCCAGUGACAGAAAUGUUGGAUCAUGUCGCAUGUUGGUCGUUGUUGAUUGUUGAACGAAGUUGCGUGUUUGCAUCAAUCUUACCGAAGAAUGUUGACGAUCCAAAGUAUCAAGAGAAAUAUAAAACUCUCAACUAUCUCUUCAUCAUGUUCAAUAAUUUCAUCAUUAAAAUGAAGGAAAAUAACUCGGAAAUAACGCUUCCUGAAUAUCCUGAACUGUUAGUUGUUCAUUUUGCUGAUGGCACGCAAUGUCACAUGCAUUUGAACUUCAUUCAUGCUCUCGUCAUUUUACUAAGCGAAUCAAAAGAUUUAAAUGGAGCGAUGGAACUUUUGGAUUACUUUUUUCCAGCUGACAGUCCAAGCCAUCCACAAGCAUUCAGUGUUGACACUGAUGAGAAAGUUCAAAUUCUUCCUGAUUGGUUGAAACUUAAAAUGAUCAGAAGUUCCAUCGAUCGAAUGGUUGAUGUUGCACUUCAAGACUUACUGCCGGAACAAUUAAUUUUGUUUAUUCAAAGCUUUGGAACACCAAAAAAUUCGAUGGAUAAAUUAUUAGCUUUGCUUGACGCUGCUGUCGUUCAAGAUCCCGAUCGUAUCAAUGAAGCUAUCAUGAAUCGAGCUUAUCUGACUCAAUUCAUUGAGAUUCAGCAACUCCGUGGAGCUACUCAUGGUCACAUUGCAAUGAAACAUUUGAAAUCGAUUGAUAAUGUUGACGAGGAAAUGGAACCACGAGAAUCGAAAGUUGUUAGAAAAGUUGAGAUUCUUGAAAAGUUUGACGUGUCAAAAGUGAAAUCGAAACCAAGCACAAGUUAUCGAAGUGGAAAAUUUUCGAGUAAUUAUCGUGUCAGUUCAUUACUUGGUGAUGUUUUAAAAGAAACGAAACCAGCGUCUGAUUCAUCAUCAAUUGUUGGAAUGAAAAUCAGCGAAUCUGGAAGAAAUAUUCAUCACAUUCUUAAUCAGUUAAUUCAUUCAACUCAUCCAUUCGAUAUUGAAAGCUUUGCACAUCAAAAUCUUAACAUUAAAAACUUAAAGCAGAGUAAGUUGGCAGCUUUAAUUGAUUGUAUGUCAGUGAUGCUUAAAGAAGAAAAUGAUAAAUUGAAUGUUAAUAAACGUGGAAUUCUCAUCGACUGGUUGGUUCAAUUUGACAGUGAAUUGAUAAGAACGAACCAAGACGUUCAAUUGUCGCUUUUGUUUGGAAAGAAUAUUCAAAUUUAUCGUCCAUACUUCUUAUCAUUAUUGAUCCAUCAAGCAAAUUGGUCAACAAUUGCGAUGGCAUUAGAAAAACUUCUUAAUCAAAGAAAUUCAGGAAUUUACGAUCCAUCAUCAGUUUUGGACUUUGUUGAUGCAAUCAUUCGAAGUCCGAAAUUAUGGCAAGGUCGAGACAAAACUGUGCCAAAACAUGAACAAAUCGAAUAUGUUUUGACGCUUGAUGAUGAUAAAGUGAAAGCAUUUAUUGAUUACAUUUUACGUGAGGAAGAAAUGUUGAUUGUGACUGGUGGAUCGAAAAUGAAUGAUCGAGUAACGUUGCUGUUGAAUUGUGUCGACGUUAAAGAACUCAGCUUGAAGAUGAUCAAACUGAAGAUUGAAGAUUCAAUUUUAGAGAAACGUGUUAAGGAUAAAUUCAUGCAAAGAUUGUAUAUGAACAUUCCGCAUUUGUUUUUGGAGCCGAAAAGUCAAGAAUCUAUCGCCCAAUUAGAUGCAAUGACAGAUUUCACUGGUUGUGCGAGUGAUAAAUUGUCACACACGAUAAUCACGACUCUUGCAAGUUUAACAAACACGCGCGAUUUUCAAGCAUUAAGUCAAGAUGUUGAAUUAACUUUGAGAAAGUUGGCAUCAACUCAUCCAUUGCUGUUACUCCGAGAACUGUCAUUGAUUGCCUCGUUGCUUGCUGGCCGCGGUCACAUGGACUUCCACGUUCUUCGUCAGGGACAUCACAUAACAUUCUUUAAUCAAAUUCUCGGUGUUUUGGAGUUGCUGCGUCCAACAAUAUUCGAAGAUGCUUAUAAAAAUGGAUUACAUCGUGCGAUAAAUUGUUAUUUUCAUCUUCUACAGAACCACAGUAAAGAUGUUUAUGGAUUGAUGUUUCGUUUGAUGGAAUUUCUUAAAACUUAUGCAUCAACGAAUAACGUCGGAGCUUAUCAACUUAUUAAUCAAAAUAACAAUUUAUUUGCGGAACUUUACAUGAGAAAUCGAAAUAUAAUUCCACUUCAACAUUUGAUGUCUUCAACUCACUUUUCCGCAAAAGGCGGCAUUUCUGUUCCAUCGCCAUUGAUACCAAAAGUCGAUAAUAAUCAAGGAAGUGUUGUUGCAAAAAUAGGUCAAAUGUCAAAGAUGACACACGAUGAACUAUUAUCAACAUUACAAGAAAUUGAUUAUCAGACACACAAGAAGCAAGCACAACUUAUAGAGAUUUAUGGGAAGCUGACAGAAUUGAUUUUCUAUUCGUCGUCUGAUGUGAGGAAUUUAGCACAUUCUUUGCUUCUUAAAGUGUUGAGACAAAAUCCUGGCAAUAACAACAUCAAUUCAAGUUGCUUCAACGCUUAUCUUCAAUGUUUACAUAGCGGAGACAUUAACAUUACAACAUCAGUGCUCGAUAAUCUCACAGAAAUUGUUUUAUGUCUACAAGAAUAUGCUUCAGAGAUUCUUCAAUCUGUUUUUAAUCUUGGAAUAACUUCAAAGAACAACACACUUGCGCCAUUGAAGAAGUGCAUCAAUGCUAUCAAAUUGCAGCACGGAUGUUAA